UGCCCAUUGUUGUUGAAGCUGUCCCGUUGAAAUACUUUGAAGAUUGAUCUUCUUUAAUACUUCAAGAUGCCUCGCUAGAAAGCUAAACAGGCAUGAGCAUUAGCCUUUUAAGCUAAAUAUGGUGCCUCCCAACCACCCCUAGCGAAAUGCCCCAACUUAACCCCGCUCCUUGAUUUUCAAUUAUAGUUUUCGCCUGAUUACUUUUCCUAAUUGUUAUUCCCCCAAAAGUAUUAGCACAUACUUCUCCUACCAAUGCUUUAUCACAAAAAGUUAACUGUUCUAAUACAGAGUCUUGAGUCUGAUCAUGGUAUUAAAUCUAUUUGAUCAAUUCAUAAGUUCCACCCUACUGGGGAUUCCGCUAAUAUUACUAGCUUUAUCCCUACCCUGAGUUUUAUACCCAAAAACCUUUAAACGCUGACUUAAUAACCGUACUCUAACAGUACAAAGUUGAUUUAUUAAUAGCUUUAUUAAACAAAUUUUUUUACCUAUAAACACAGAAGGUCAUAAAUGGGCAAUACUAUUAACAUCAUUAUUAAUUUUCUUAAUUACACUAAACCUUCUAGGACUUCUUCCGUACACUUUUACACCAACUACACAACUUAAUAUAGCAUUCGCAACCCCUAUUUGACUUGCCACUGUAAUCCUAGGUAUACGAAAACAACCCACCCAUUCUUUAGGCCACCUAUUACCAGAAGGCACCCCAACCUUAUUAAUCCCUAUCCUAGUAAUUAUUGAAACUAUUAGCUUGUUUAUUCGACCUUUGGCUUUAGGUGUUCGACUUACAGCCAAUCUAACAGCAGGGCACCUUUUAAUUCAACUAAUUGCUUCAGGAGCAUACUUUCUUUUCCCACUUAUGCCAGCAGUAGCACUGUUCACUUCCACACUUCUUUUUCUUUUAACUCCUCUAGAAGUAGCUGUCGCUAUAAUCCAAGCAUACGUUUUCGUAUUGCUGCUAAGCCUUUACCUAAGCCGGGCGUACACUGUUUCUUCUGAGCAUUUUACCACUCAAGUCUAG